GUGGCUUCACAAACACAGAAGAGGAACACAACACAGAUUACUGUUAGAUUCCUGACACUGAAACUGUCAGAAAGUGGACAAAAAUACAGAAAAGGGAAAAUGAAGAGAGAACAUGGGAAAAGUAUCAAUGAUAUCUGUGAAAAUGACAUUGUUACAAAAGGAACAUCUGGAAAAAGGACCACAGACAGUCACACAACAAGAAUCCAGUCAUCUGAACUCACAGGAAGUGAUGGUGUGAUGAUCAGAAGGUCCAGAGCAGCUGCAGUAGUGUUUGUGCUGCUGUGUGUUCUUCUGCUGACUGCACGCAUUAUACUGUGUGCCACCUUCACUCAAGAGAGACAACAGCUGCUAACUAUGAUCACCAACCUCACAGAAGAGAGAGACCAGCUACUUACUAAGAUCACCAACCUCACAGAGAGACAACAGCUACAAACCAACAAUAUGAACCUCACAGAAGAAAGACAAGAGCUACUAACUACGAUCACCAAACUCACAGAAGAGAGAGACCAGCUACUAACCAACAAUAUGAAGCUCACAGAAGAAAGACGACAGCUGAAGACUAAGAUCACCAGCCUCGCAGAAGAGAAAGACCAGCUGAAAUCAGAAAGAAAUGAUCUUCAGAAGAAGUGUGCGGAUGGAUGGAGGUGCCAUCAAUCCAGUCUUUACUUCAUUUCCUCUGAGAAGAAGAACUGGGAUGAGAGCAGAAGAUACUGUAGAGAGAGAGGAGCAGAUCUGAUCAUCAUCAACAACAGAGAGGAACAAGAUUUUGUGAAGAUCAUUACUGGUAGUUUUGGUCAUUUCUGGAUUGGUUUGACUGAUGUUGAAGUGGAGGGCAGAUGGAAAUGGGUUGAUGGCAGCACACUGACCUCUGGGUUCUGGGCACCUGGAGAACCAAACAGCUUUCUGGGAACAGAUGAAGACUGUGCUACUACACUUUCAAUAGGAUGGGUUGAUUCUCCAUGUGACAACAGUGUUAAAUGGAUCUGUGAGAAGAGUAUCCUUAAAUGAUACAUUAUAAUAAAAAUGUACAUAUAUUAAUUAUGAACGUAUAAAUGUCAGUAAUUUUACCUUUUUUUUUUCUUUUUUUUUUAGUUUUUUGAAUGGCACAUUAAUUCGUUUAUUCUGUUAAAACAAAUAAAAAAUAAAUAGAAAAAAACAUUGCAGCUUUUUGUAACAACUACAGUAUGACAAUAAACCUAACUGAUGAUGAUUUACUCGUCUUCAAUAAUUAGCAUACAUUACAUAUUUCCUGAACCAUGCGAUGAAUAUAAAUGGAAAGUUG